AUGGCUUCUGGGAUGAAAGUUGAAAAUGAAAUAAAGGCUUCAGCUUUAGAUCUCAUCGGCAACACCCCUUUGGUUGCGCUUGAUAGGCUCUGGCCUGGGCCUGGACGUAUUCUUGUAAAGUGUGAGUUCAUGAGUCCAAGUGGCUCUGUUAAGUGCCGAUCUUCACUUUAUAUGCUGCAAGAGGCACGUGAAAGUGGAGAAUUAAGACCUGGAGCGCCUGUAUUGGAAGUAACUUCUGGAAAUCAAGGAUGUGGUCUUGCAGUAGUAUGUGCUGUACUUGGUCAUCCUCUCACAGUUGCCAUGUCCAAAGGAAACAGUAUACAGAGAGCAAUACAUAUGGAAGCCCUUGGUGCAACAUGCUUAAGAAUUCCUCAAGUUGAAGGCUCUUAUGGUAGUGUCACAUUAGCGGACGUUAUGGCAGCUGAAAAUAAAGUUCUAGAAAUUGUUGAAGAAACAAAUGGUUUUUAUGUAAACCAAAUUAAUAAUAAAAUGAAUGUUGAUGCGCAUUACUGUACUACUGGGCCUGAAAUUUGGAGACAGACUGGUAAACGCAUUGAUGCCUUUAUAACGACAGUUGGUACAGGUGGUACGUUUAUAGGUACUUCAAAAUUCCUAAAGGAAAAAAAUCCUAAUAUUAAAUGUUUCGUCGUUGAGCCCGAAGGAUCGGAGCCUAUCAAAGGUUGUCCGAUUACGAAGCCUUUGCAUUUGUUGCAAGGUUCAGGUUAUGGUUUCGUUCCUAUUUGGUUUAAUUUUGAUCAUCUUGAGGGUACCUUAAGCAUAACUGACGAAGAAGCAGUCAAAUACAAGAACUUAAUAGAAGAAAAAGAAGGGUUGUAUGUAGGAUAUACUAGCGGUGCCAACAUUGCUGCGGCUAUUAAACUGCUACAAUCUGGACUUCUUCCUGAGGACACGUGGGUUGUGACUCUUCUAAAUGAUACUGGCCUGAAAUAUAGUUCAGAUCCAGAAGAGCUCACA